UUGCAAAAAACACAUGAUCCUUUAUUAAAUGGAUCCUAUCGUGGUAUAAUAAAAAAAAUGUUUUCACCUGAAACUACACUAAAUAUUAAUGAACUUUUUAUAAAUAAAAUUCAUAAUAUUCUAAUUAAUGAUUAUAAUUACCAAGAAUUUGAACAUAAAAAAGAUACAUUUAGCCCAAUAUUACUAGAACAAAAAAUUCGACAUCACAUACCUUUAAUCCCUAAAUUUCCUGAUUUUUUGGGAUUUAAUUACUUUUUUGGGGAAUUAAGUAAAAAUAAGAAAAAAAAUUAUUUACUUUCCGAAGAAGGCCAAAUUGGUUCAGAAGAUCCAGACAUUUUUUUCAAAUUUUUAAUUGAUACAAUCCUAACGGAUUCCUUUACUGAAACAAUUCCAACGGAAUCGCUUGGAAUAAAAGAAAUAAGUAAAAAAGUUCCUCGUUGGUCAUACAAAUUAAUCAACGAUUUAGAACAAAAUAUAAGACAAUAUGAAAAAGGCAUAUCGACGGAGCAUCAAAUUCGCACAAGGAAAGGGAACCGUGUAGUGAUUUAUACAGAUAAGCAAGAGAAUAUCGAUAAUCCGGCCCCUAAUACCGCGGAUACAUCGGAGCAACCAGGCGAAAUAGCUUUGAUACGUUAUUCAGAACAAUCUGAUUUUCGUCGAGAUAUAAUUAAGGGUUCCAUGCGUGUUCAAAGACGUAAAAUAGUUAUUUGGGAAUUUUUUCAAGCAAAUAUACAUUCCCCACUUUUUUUAGACAGAAUAGAAAACUCUUCUUUUUUUUAUUUUACUGUUUCCAGAUUAAUUAAACGAAUUUUAAAAAUUUUUAUGGGAAAAAAUGCAAAAUUUCAUAUUUCUGAUUCUAAAAAAGAAGAAUUAAAGGCGAAAGAGAUACAAAAACAAUCCAAAAGAAGGGAAGAAGAAAAAAAAGAAAAAGAACGAAUAGAAAUAGCCGAAACCUGGGAUAGCAUUCCAUUUAAUCAAAUAAUAAGGGGUUUCAUGUUAGUAACUCAGUCAAUUCUUCGAAAAUAUAUUGUAUUGCCUUUAUUGAUAAUAGCAAAAAAUAUAGGCCGUAUAUUAUUAUUCCAACCUGCUGAAUGGUCUGAAGAUUUCAACGAGUGGGAUAUCGAAAUGCAUGUUAAAUGUACCUAUAAUGGUGUUGAAUUAUCCGAAACCGAAUUUCCUAAAAACUGGUUAACAGAGGGUAUUCAGAUAAAGAUAUUUUUUCCUUUCCGUCUAAAACCUUGGCACAGAUCUAUAAUACGACUUUCUCGUAAAGAUAUAAUAAAAAAAAACAAACAAAUUAAAACACGUAAUUUUUGUUUUUUAACAGUUUUGGGAAUGGAAACUGAUCUUCCUUUUGGUCCUCCCCGAAAAGUCCCUUCUUUUUUUCAACCUAUUUUUAAAGAACUCGCCAAA